AUGUCUGCUUCGGUUAAUGAUUAUUAUGACAAUAGAAAAAUGAGGGCUGGAAGAGCAGAAGCUGUUGGUAGUGUACGUGGUAGAAAAGAUGAAGAUGAGUCUGAUGACCUUGAGGAUUUGGGAACAAGAAGUAUUGUUGGAUCACUUGGUGAGGAAAAGGUUCAAUUGCAAAUUGUUGAGGGGGAAAAGAGAUCAUUAAUGAUAAACCAAGCUAUGUCUUUAAAGGCAAAGAAAUCUUGA